AUGAAGAGGCGCUGCUGCAAUAUUGCGAUGAUAAGAGUAUUACCAUGGCCACUGGCGGUUGUAACGCUCUUCAUGCUAUCUGCAGCAGACGAAAUUCACGAUACUCGGGAAGGUGAAACAGUGACGCUCAAGUGUCGAUUCAGCGCGGAAUCUGUAUCGAACCGUUUUUCCUACUACUGGGCCCGCUCUGCUGGUAACAAAUUCGACAACGUUGCUAUCAACGGCGUGCAGCUAAACAUGAACUACAGAAUCGACUUUCGACCUAAACAAGGUAUAUACGAUCUUACAAUAUUGAAUAGCUCCUACAGCCGAGAUAAUGGCCGCUUUGAGUGUCGCGUGAAGGCUAGCGGAACUGGAGCUGACGUACACCAGGAAUUCUACAACCUAACUGUGCUCACUCCACCUCAGCCUCCAAUUGUUGAACCAAUCGAUCUUAAAGCCACCGAGGAUGAAAAGUUUGAACUAACAUGCAGUAGUGUUGGAGGAUCACCAGAUCCAAGUAUAACCUGGUAUCGGAUAGGUUCAGAAAAACCUCUUGAAGCAACUAUCAUAAAGGGAGGGUCAAAGGACCUUCGUACUUCGAUUACUCUGGGAAUAGUGCCACGCCGUGAGGACGAUGGAGCAAAAUACCGUUGCGUUGUUUGGAAUCGUGCCUUGUCGGAGAUAGAUGUGUUGGAAACGACAGUCACUCUUUCCGUAAACUAUUAUCCAAGGGUAAUGAUUGGCCCCGAAAAUCCUUUGCAAGUGGAACGUGAUAGUAAGAAUGUGGUUUUAGAAUGUACUGUAGACUCUAACCCCAAGGUUCCGAAUGUCAGGUGGACGCGCAAUGGAAGGCUUGUAAGCACAUCACCUUCCCAUACGAUACAACGUGUAUCAGUCCAGGAUGCAGGCAGCUACUCUUGUUCAGCGGACAACGGGCUUGGCAAAAUGGAUGAAAAGAUCAUUACGGUGGAUGUUCUGUAUGCUCCGAUUGUAGUUAUCGAGUCGAAAACCUGGGAAGCGGAAGAACGAUCGAUGGUAUCAAUACGCUGCAAUGUGACAUCCAAUCCGCCGCCUAUCACCAUCGAAUGGUUUAAAGAAGGUAAUCCCGACAUUCGGUAUACUGGUGAUAUUCUGCAACUGCAGGAUGUUAGAGCAGAACACGCUGGACGUUACAUCUGCCGCGCAGUCAAUAGGAUGAAACCAUAUAAAGGUAAAAUCGUGGAACGCGCAGGUAAUUCAACGGUGGCUUUGCUGGUACGUCAUCGUCCAGGUCAGGCAUUCAUCAAUCCGAACAAACCUGUUGUACAUGUCGGCAACGGAGUAACGCUGACUUGCUCCGUAAAUCCUCCCGGCUGGCCAGUACCACAGUUCCGUUGGUUUAAGGAUGCUGUUGGUGAACUAUCUAAAAGCAAAACUAUUCUUGCACAAGGACCCCAAUACGUGAUAAUAAGUGCGCAUCUUGGUAGUGAAGGAAGGUAUCAUUGUCAUGCAGUGAAUGAGUUAGGCCAUGGCCCAAUGGCUACAAUCAGUCUAGAAGUUCAUCAACCUCCUCAAUUAAUCGGGAAAAUGCAACAGCACAUGAUGAAACGCGAAGGUGAUAUGGACUUCUCGGCUACCUGUAAUGUAAAAAGUAAGCCACGGCCAACAGUAAGAUGGCUUAAAGAUACUCGAGAUAUAACGACGGAUGCCAACAUGUAUCGCAUUAGUACAAAGAGUAAUAAUAGUUUAAGUGGUAUGGUUACUGUCCAGAGCACUUUGCUGUUUCAGGGUAAAGCUCGACCGCACAGGAACCAGCUCCUUCCCAGCGAUAGGGGUACUUAUUCUUGUCUGUUUGAGAACGACGUCAGUGCUACGAAUGCUAGUAUGAACCUGCGCAUCGAGCACGGACCGAUCGUAGUGCAUCAGUAUAAUAAGGUCGCCUACGAGAUCAACGAGAAAGCGGACAUUGUGUGUCGCGUGCAGGCUUUUCCAAAACCAGAGUUCCAAUGGCAACUCGGUACCAACACGGCCGUUUUGUCGUCCGAUGGGCACUACGAAAUAAACACUUCCACUGACAACAAUGAUAUUUAUACUAGCGUAUUGCGUAUUAACUGCGUCAACCAUGAAGAUUAUGGAGACUACAAUUGUCGCGUAAGGAACCCCAUUGAUACGAUUCGGAUAUCAGUACGUCUACAGCCGAAAGGGCCACCAGAAAAACCAACAAAUCUUGCUGCGGCGGACGUAGGUUCAAAUUAUGUAUCGCUAAUAUGGGAUCCUGGCUUCGACGGUGGCAUCACAAAUACAAAAUUCUUUGUAUUCUUCCGGAAAGUGGCUAUUUCGCAGCAUGGCCAAGCGAUAGACGAUUGUAUAAUUACGCAGCAGGUUAGCUCCGAGUGGAUCGAAUACGACUGCCAACGGAACGUACCGUGCAGCGUGACACCACUCGAUCCGUAUCAGAAUUAUGUUUUCAAGGUGAAGGCCAUUAACGGAAAGGGCCAUUCGGAACUCUCCAACGAGAUAGCAACGACGACCAAAAUCAACAAAAUAUUCGCUCCUCUUCAUGUUAGAUUCGACCCAGAUACCAAACAAAUAGGCAUAAGUGUUGGAGCCACUUGUGUACCACUGAUGGCCGUCGUCGAGACAAUUGGAUUUCACAAAAGUUUAAUAGAGUCCUGGCAGAUUGUGCAAUCCAUUCCUCUUAAUGUGUCGGGUAACGGUCCAUUGUUUAUGGAACAUGUCCUCGAGAACAUGUACUCUGAACGUCGUCCAACCAGCGGUCGGUCAAUGACUACCGAUGACGAUUUUUCUAUGUCACUGGAGGAGGAAAUUCCUCUAAAAAUUCGUGUCAAGUUGUGUUUAAAAUCUAGUCACGAACACUGCGGCGCAUACAGAGAUGCUGAAAUUGGUCCAAUACUGAUACAUGACUCUGCAAUCAUUGUCACCCCAACGCUAAUCGCAAUUGUCGUUUCGUGCGUAGUGUUUGCAUUGUUCUUCGGACUCAUGCGAAUGUUUUGUCGGUGUAAACGAAGCCAAAUGAAAAAAUCGAAUCAAUCAAAGGGAUAUGAAAUGCAAGCAGCGCGACCUUCGAUAGUGGCACAACAAUGUCAAGCACCACCUCCUUACUAUCACGUUACACCAGUGUUGGACAACAAAGCGCUAGACUACUCAAUGGAUCAUGCACUAUCGGUCGAUGAUCAACAAACAUCCGUAUACGCUACUCACAAUGGCUACGAAUAUCGCAGCGGAACUAGAAGGCGAGUAGCAAACCGGAACCAGCCAUCAAACGAAUGGGUCCGAACAGGCUACACAGAAAAUAGUUGCACACUCUCGUACAAUGACGGUAGUGUCUACUCACAGGAUUCCAUUUGGCGUCAACUGAAAGAAGCAGCGACCGUGCAUCCAUUUUCCGCUCUCGCGUCAAUCUCAAACGUUUAUGAUGGAGCUGCGAUAUCCUUAGUAGAUGAGUGCAUUCAAUAUCCUAACCAGGUGACACCACUCAAUCAACUAGCCGGCGAAGACGUUUACUUACAUCAUCAGCCACAUCAAGAGUAUCGUGCAGGUACGUUCCAUCCCUCACGUCAGGAAUACUGCAAUGAUUCUUACGCGUCAGUGCAUACAGCACAAAAACGAUUAGAGCAGUCUUCUCAAAUCGAUUCAUCAUAUUAUGACUUAAAUGGUUUGCAAGAUCCCUACCUGGAACAUCACCUUGAUCAAAAAGAUAGCAAAUCGCUACAGCUAAAUCAUUCACAAGACAAUGGACGCUUACAGCAGCAACAAUCGCAACCGAUGUACGAUGAAGGCCUGGAAAGCGGAUACUCAACACCAAAUUCACGAAAUCGUCGCGUCAUUCGAGAAAUAAUUGUUUGAGAGUAACCCCGAACACGAUUUACGGAUGACAAACGGCGCUUCACUUCGGUAGCUGUAUCUGAUAAUUUACCUUUACAUAAGUUAACGCUAAAAAAAUUACAGAACUUCCUGGCAGCACACUCGUUUCGCGCCGUGUUAAAUGUAAUAAAUACAUUUUAAAACGAGAAACACGAGGCACAUGGCUGUGUCGUAAUGUGUCGAAAUUAUGGAUGUAAAUAUGAUCGCUAACGUUCACGAGAUCGCUAACGAGCUAUGGGCACAACGAUAUGAUCUAUAUAAGUGGCAAUCAUGCAACGACAAGGGAAGCUAACACUUAUAGUGUCAAUCGGCUCGGCACUAACACUAUCGGCCAAAAAAGUAACACUAUCCACCCUAAAAGAUUUGGCUGAUAGGCUUGAUAUUUAAAUCAGAUGUUAUCGAUUAUAGAUAGAGGCAAACCCCUUGAUUACAUACCUGAACAUUUGAAUGCUUACCACGAAUUACUCGCUUAUUCAUGUUGGGAAAAUUAAUUAUGUGAAACCUGAAAUCUUAUGAGGUGCUCAUCCUUAUGUGUUUUUAAAUAUUACUAAAACAUCAGCCAGUGCUGUUUGUUUCACCUCCAUCUUUUACUUCGAUAUGCCAAAGAAUUCUACGUUAAAUCAUCUUUAUCUACACUAUUCUCACGAUUAGAACAUUAAACAAUCAAGCUCUACAUUGCAUGUUUCCAUACUUUGUAAAUGGCGUAUAAAUGCAUGUACUGAAAAUGAAGGUAGAAACGAAGUACAACGAGAAUGUUGGAUAGGCAUGUGAGGGUGCGCCAUAUAGACAGGAGCUAUUAAACUAUUUGUAUUAAUUAAUGGGAUUUAUUUAGAGAACAAUGUUAUUGCAAAUACAAUGUCAUUUAUUGACAACUCACUCAGAAUUAGGUGCCAAGGCAGGCGUCUCCAAAAUUUCUUUAGAUAAGCACGCAUAGUUAUUCAAUAUUUAAAUAGCUCCUUCUAAACUCUCCUUCUAGAGCAGCCUAUAUGGAAUAUAGCAUAGUUUUAAAAAAAUACGGAAAAAAGUUCAUAGUUUAAAAAAAUUCGGAACCAUCUUACCUGCAAUUACGAUAAUUCUAUACACUAACAGAUAGGCUAGCUUACAGUCGAAUGUGUUUUUAGAAGAAAUUUAUGCCCUUAAUGAGGUGUAACAUAAUGACAAAA